UAUUUCGUCGUUCCGCGAAGCGUUCGCAAACAUUUUCAUUUUCGUGUGUAAACAUUAAGUAAAAAUUUCACAACUGGAUAAAACAGCGAACAACGGUGACGAGAAAAUGCCUCCAAAGUUAAAAUUCACCGAGGGUGAAAAAGUUCUUUGCUUCCACGGUCCACUUCUGUACGAAGCAAAGAUGCUAAAGAGUGCCAUCAUGAAGGAUAAACAAGUGAAAUACUUUAUCCACUAUGCCGGCUGGAACAAAAACUGGGACGAGUGGGUUCCCGAGAAUCGUGUGCUGAAGUAUAACGAAGCCAACUGUCAGCGGCAGCGCGAGGUCACGAAGCUACAUUCGCCACUGGUCAAAAACAAGAAAAGCAACACAAAGGCUAAAAAGACGGACGCUCAAGGAACCGGCAGCAGCCAGAGUAAAGACAAUGAUUCCCGGGCAUCGACGCCUUCAAAGGAAGUGGCAAAGGAAAAGGAUGCGACAGCCCCGGCCGUAACCAGCACCGUAACGACACCGACUACUGCCUCUGCUGCCACUAGUGGAAGCGCGGCUGCAAACGCAUCAUCCACGGGCAGGAACCGAUCUGCUCAAAAAACCACAGCCCCUAGCGUUUCUGCCUCGUCGUCCUCCAGCUCGUCAUCUUCAUCGACCUCCUCUUCCUCCGUAGCGGCGACGGCAGGAGGAAAGGAUGGAAAACCAUCGGAAGGAAAAGAUGUGACGGAAAAAUCGAAGGAAGAACCGAGCAGUGAGAUCAACAAUUCUAGAACGAAGAAGCGCGGUCGCAGUGAUACAACCUCAUCCAAUGUUGAAUCAGAGGAUCAGUUUAUGUCGAAGGUUGAGGUAAAAAUUAAAAUACCAGACGAGUUAAAACCAUGGUUGGUUGACGAUUGGGACGCCAUUUCGCGGCAGAACAAGCUGCUGGAGCUACCGGCUAAAGUGACCGUCCAAGAGAUUGUAGACAACUACGUGCAGUACAAAAAGCAAAGCAAGGUAAAUACGGCCACGAAGGAAACGGCUGUUACAGACAUUGGGAACGGAAUCAUUGAAUAUUUCAAUGUGAUGUUGGGUUCUCAGCUGCUGUACAAGUUCGAACGACCGCAGUAUGCAGAAAUCAUUCAAUCGCAUCCAGGAGUUCCGAUGGCUAAAAUUUAUGGAUCGUUCCAUUUGCUCAGACUUUUCGUGAAGCUUGGCUCAAUGCUGGCAUUCACGUCCCUUGACGAAAAAUCCAUACAAACAUUAAUCGGACAUGUGCAAGACUUUCUCAAGUAUUUAGUCAAAAAUAGCAGCACACUAUUCAACAUGCAGCAUUAUGUGAACACCAGCCCAGAAUAUCAUCGCAAAGCACAGUGAAUGUGCUCAAUUGCUCGAUUCUACUUCGUUUCCCUGAUGAAUAUUACUAUUCAAUGUAAAACAAAUUGAAUAUUGAUAUUCAAUGCGAAUUGAUGACGAAUAAUAAAUCCCAUAUUUUA